AUGUCAGACACUGAAGAAGAAUGGAAGCCUAAUGGCCGGCCCCAAUCGACCAUGGCCCGUUCCCUCGCUGCCACCCUUGACAACCUCUUUAUGUUAGAUAGCGAGGUCGAAAACCUGACAACAUCUGUUCACUACAAGCAACAAAUGGUCACGAUCCAAAACCGUGAGCUCGAAGCUCUGCAAGCUAGAAUCAGAGAAGCUGAGAUGCGUCUGAAGGAAAAAACUUCCCGUUCCAUAUCCCUAGAAGAUUGCAACACAGAGAUUGCAGCACCUUUGCCACCAGGCAAGGAUGUGGAUGAACGAAAUGGCCACUUCCCAUCCUCCUCAUCUUCUCCCCCGGAAAGUCACCAAUCGGACGAAGGCUCCAGGGAUUCUUCGACCACAGCAGCUACGUCCAGUGAUGUUGAUGACAGAGCGAGUCACGAUGGUUCCGGGAAUGAGAGACAAGAGAAGGAGAAUAGCAGAGGCCGCAAUUCGUGA